AUGGGCGGCAACACAAUGAAAGCAGUCGAAAUCAAAGGCGGCAAAGGCCCAGCCAGCGCGCUCUUCAUCAACGACAAGACCCCGAUCCCGACCCCCAAGGCCGGCGAGGCCCUGAUCCGCAUCAAGGCCUUCGGGCUGAACCGCAUGGACCUAAUCCAGCGCGAGGGCAACUACCCACUCCCCCCACAGGCGCCGUCGACGCUGGGCGUCGAGUUCAGCGGCACGAUCGAGAGCUUCGGCGGCGACUCCUCCUCGCAUGGCGACUUCAAGACCGGCGGCGCCGUCUUCGGGCUCGCCUACGGCGGCGCGUACGCGCAGUACAUAGCCGUAGACGUGCGCAUGCUGAUCCACAAGCCCGACUCCAAGGUCUUCAGCUGGGAGACGGCGGCGGGCAUCCCGGAGACGUGGAUCACGGCGACGCAGGCGCUGCACCUGGUGGGCGAGUUCGCACCCGGCAAGGCCGUGCUGUGGCACGCAGGCGCGAGCGGCGUCAGCAUCGCGGGGAUCCAGCUGUCGCGCGACAGCGGCGCGGGCGCCGUCUACGCCACCGCCGGCACGGACGAGAAAUGCCGCUUCAUCGAGAAAGAGCUCGGCGCCACCAAGGCGUUCAACUACAAGACGCAGGACUGGGCGCAGGAGAUUCUGCGCGAGACCGAUGGCAAGGGAGUCGAUCUCAUCGUCGACUUCAUCGGCGCGAGCUACUUCAAACAGAACCUGGCCGCGGCGGCGCGGGAUUGCCACUGGGUGUCGCUGGGCCUGAUGGGUGGGUCGAAAUUGCAAGAUGUGGACAUUGGCCCGUUGCUGUUCAAGCGCAUCAGGCUCGAGGGCAGCACGCUCCGCAGCAGAGACCCCGAGUACCAGGGCAAGCUGAGGGACAAGCUGGCUGAGUACAUCCCGGACUUCGAGAGCGGGAAGCUGAAGGUCAAGAUCGACACUGUGUUGUCGAUGGAGAAUAUCGUCAAGGCGCAUGAAUUGAUGGAAGCGAACAAGACUACGGGCAAGAUCAUCUGCACGGUUCCGUAG